AUGGCCCCAGACAGCACUUUGUUUGAGAGCUACACAGAGGGAGAAAUCCGCCAGCUGAUCUCUACCUUAAUUGAGCGGUACAGCCAGUCAAUGAACUCUGGAGGCCACGAGCUGCCAUUGUUCACCAAAGCCGCCAACCGGAUGAAGCGCGCCAAGGCCCACCAUAAGCCCUGCUCCCUCAAGGAACUGGAGGUCACUGUCAGUGAGUUAGGCCUGGGCUACACAUCAGACGAGACAGUGUUGUUCCGCUACUGUAGCGGCACCUGUGAUUCAUCCGUACGGAACUAUGACCUGUCUUUGAGAAACGUGCGGAAGAUGAGGAAGAUCAAGAAAGAGAAAGUGAGGGCCCGGCCAUGCUGCCGCCCCCUGGCGUAUGACGAUGACAUCUCCUUCUUGGACGCAGGGAACCGUUACCACACGGUGAACGAGGUGUCAGCCAAAGAAUGCGGUUGCGUGUGA